AUAGAAUAUCUCAUCAUAAAUUGACAGAAACUCGCUCCGUCUCACUCUGAACCUGGCUUUGUUCAGCUCGGAGACCCCAAGAGCCCUGAAAGCAAAGCCCCAAUUCUGGCCUCAAUUAUCCCAUAGUAGGACUUCUUCUUGCUUUUUUGGCAUCCGCACAGUUCUUGAGCUCGCAGAAACGUCACCAUGUCUGGGUCUUUAGAUCGAUUCGCCAGGCCAUGUUUUGAGGGGUUCUCUAGCCAUGAGGACAGGAGAGAAAGGAAUGAGGAAAGGAGAGAAAGGAAGUCGGAUUUUGAGAACUCAGAAGAGGAUAGGAGGACCAGAAUUGGAUCAUUGAAGAAGAAAGCUAUCAAUGCGUCUAGUAAGUUCAGGCAUUCGUUGAAGAAGAAGAGGAGGAAGAGCAGUGGCCGCCACACUUCUGUUUCCAUUGAGGAUGUGCGAGACGUCGAGGAGCUGCAGGCUGUAGAUGCAUUUCGACAGGUGCUUAUGUCGGAAGACUUGCUACCUCCUAAGCAUGAUGAUUAUCACACGUUGCUGAGAUUUCUGGUAGCAAGAAAGUUUGAUAUUGAGAAAGCAAAGCACAUGUGGGCCAAUAUGAUUCAAUGGAGGAAAGAUUUUGGUACCGACACGAUUUUGGAGGAUUUUGAGUUUGGUGAGUUGGAUCAAGUUCGGAAGUACUACCCUCAGUGCUACCAUGGUGUCGACAAGGAGGGGAGACCUGUUUAUAUUGAAAGAUUGGGGAAAGUUGAUCCCAAUAAGCUUCUGCAAGUGACUUCUUUGGAGCGAUAUGUGAAAUAUCAUGUGCAGGAAUUUGAAAGGAGUUUUGCCAUUAAGUUUCCAGCCUGCUCUAUUGCUGCAAAGAGGCAUAUAGAUUCAAGUACAACAAUCUUAGAUGUUCAAGGCGUGGGUUUUAAAAACUUUACUAAGUCUGCACGAGAUCUCAUCACGCGACUGCAGAAGAUUGAUAAUGACAACUACCCUGAGACACUUUGCAGAAUGUUUAUAAUCAAUGCUGGUCCUGGUUUUAGGCUCCUUUGGAAUACUGUUAAGACAUUUCUUGAUCCCAGAACCACCACCAAGAUUCAUGUUCUGGGUAACAAGUACCAGUCAAAAUUACUUGAAGUAAUUGCUGCAAGUGAGUUGCCAGAAUCUCUGGGUGGUAGCUGCACCUGUUCCGACGAGGGAGGUUGUAUGAGGUCUGACAAGGGGCCAUGGAAGGAUCCCAACAUUUUAAAGAUGGUACUUAGUGGUGAGGCACAAUGUUUCAGACAAAUAGUUACAGUUUCAAACAGUGACGGGCGGAUAAUUGCUUCUGAUAAGCCACGUUUUGCAAAUAUAAGAAGUAGUGAUACAUCUACCGCGGAGUCAGGCUCAGAAGUUGAAGAAAUGGCUUCACCCAAAGCAACUAGGAGUUACUUGCAACCUAAGUUGACUCCUGUUUGUGAAGAAGCUAGGGCGGCUGGCAAAGGAAGCAGUGCUAGCAGCUUGCCCGAGUAUGAUGAAUAUGUUCCCAUGGUUGACAAGGCUGUGGAUAUGGGAUGGAAGCAACAAGUUAUCCAACAAAAUCCACUUGAUCCUGGAGGGGCAUCUUCUCCACGACUUGAGGAAAAGACACCAAAUGGAAUCUGUGCUCAUGUCUGGACUAGGAUUAUGGCAUUCCUUCUUACCCUUGUUACUCUCAUGCAAUCUGUUUCCUUUCGGGUGACUAAGAAGCUUCCAAACUCGGUUUCGGAUUCCACCCAUGACAUUCCUGUCCUGACUGCUGAAUCAAUUCCAAAUGAGGAGUUUCGGCCCCCAUCACCGGCACCAGGGUUUACCAGGGUAGAUCUUCUCUCAUCUGCUUUGCAAAAGCUUGGUGAACUUGAAGAGAAGGUAGACAAGCUACAAGCAAAGCCUUACGAGAUGCCUCAUGAGAAAGAGGAGUUACUGAAUGCUGCUGUUUGUCGUGUGGAUGCAUUAGAAGCUGAGUUAAUUGCAACAAAGAAGGCUCUGCAUGAUGCUUUAAUGAGGCAGGAAGAACUUCUUGCAUAUUUAGACAGGCAAGAACAGGCCAAGCUUCUGAAAAAAAGGUUUUGCUGGUGAAGCCGGUAUCUGUUUUCAAGGAAGGUCUCUUGUGAUGUGUGUUGUCUUGCUUUGCAUGUACGUUUGAGGUGUAUACAAUAUGCAGAAUUAGUCUUCCAGAGAUGGCCUGCUGUUUCUGUUUGUAAGGCCUCAUGUUGUAAGUCUACGUUAUUGUAAAUAAUGAAAAGUAUUGUACAAUAGUGCCAAGGUCUUCUGCAUCAAAUGUUGUGUGUAUGCAAUCGAUGGCUGUUCUGGGAUAAUGUAUUCAUAUCCUUUUUAUAGUUAUAAUAUCACAAAAUUUACCACACAA